CCCUAUAUCCUAUGUUCGUGGAUGUUAUAGACACAAUGUAAACUGCUGCCAAUCAGAUUUCGAAACAAUUUUCUGCUUGGAAUCCAUUAACUUUUUGUCUGCUCAAUGUAAGAGCAGCGUUUCCUUGUAUUACUGUAUGAAAUAACAAUUAAUAAAAUACAUAUCCAAGUUUUACGACUCAACAAAUUUGUUUGCCCUCUAAGGGUGAGAUUCUAAAUCUUUGACAAUCGCUCGCAAAGUUACGAAGUGAGCGUUUUAUAACAUCGUAUACGCCAUUUUGAAAUCUGAGUCCCACGCAAAACGUUGUAUAUGUGUGGGCAAACCAGCUCUUUGCAUGCUUUAAAAACCAUAACAUCGUAGUAUCAAAAUACUAAGGAAAAACAAACAAUGGCAGAAUACUUGGCAUCAAUUUUUGGUACAGAGAAAGACAAAGUAAACUGUUCAUUUUAUUUUAAAAUCGGUGCCUGUCGACAUGGAGACCGAUGCUCGCGAAUUCAUAACAAGCCAACAUUCAGUCAGACAUGCUUACUACAAAAUCUUUAUGUAAAUCCUCAGAAUUCAGCAAAAAGUGCAGAUGGAUCUCAUUUGGUUGCCAAUGUAUCUGAUGAAGAAAUGCAAGAACAUUAUGACAACUUUUUUGAAGAUGUCUUUGUUGAAUGCGAGGACAAGUAUGGUGAAAUAGAGGAAAUGAAUGUUUGUGAUAAUCUUGGAGAUCACUUAGUUGGAAAUGUUUAUAUCAAGUUUCGAAGGGAAGAAGAUGCAGAAAGAGCUGUAAAUGAUUUAAACAAUAGAUGGUUUGGUGGUAGACCCGUUUAUGCUGAACUUUCACCAGUUACCGAUUUCAGAGAAGCUUGCUGCCGUCAAUAUGAAAUGGGAGAAUGUACUCGUUCAGGAUUUUGUAACUUCAUGCAUUUGAAACCUAUUUCACGAGAAUUAAGACGGUAUUUAUACAGUCGAAAGAAAGGUGGAAAGGGUCGAUCGAGAUCUCGCUCACGAUCUCGCGGUCGUGAUCGCAAGCGAAGGUCGCGCUCUCGCGACAGGAGAUCCAGAUCCAAAGAUCGUCGAAAAGGUAGAGAUGAUAAAGGCCGAGAUGGUCGAUCCGGAAGGUAUUAAUUUUAUUAAUUUCCAAUUGUAAUAAUUCUUCAUAAUAAAACGAUCAAAUUGAUCGGUUAAUACGUUGAUCAUCUUGUCAAACAAAGUGUAUUCGCUAAUACAUUUGAAACUUUCAUUUAUCACUUGUAUAACAAAUUUUCUGAGAAUAUUAAUUUCUUCCCUUAAGCAAUAAUAAGUUGUAUGCAAUUAAUAAAAAGGAGUAUAAAAGUUGUACUUUUCUAAGAAAGAAAUAAAACUUAGUGUAAACAAUUGACUUUGAACUCUUAUCAACUGGAGGGUUGAAUAUAAAAUUAUUUAAUACAUAAUUGUGUUGAAGUUGAUAACGUAACAAACAUCACUUUUUUUUUAUAGAUGUUAUAUAUUAAUGUCAACAUAAUUAUUUUUCUUUGUAUUCACUCGAGUUCGUCUAAAUUACUAUAUGGUUAUAAAUAGAUAUGCUUGAAUGUAAACUGAAUUAUUAUAAUUUCCAAUGCAUUAAUGAAUCUUUAUAUGUGACCAUUGUGACUGUAUAAAAUUAUCACAGUAUAAAAGAAAUUUUGCAUGUGUAAUAAUAAAAUAAAAUAACUAGAAAA